AUGGCGCUCAUUCAAACAAGCCUCAUCUGGGUGGCCUACGCCGUCGCCAUUGUCCUUCUGCUCGCUAUCGCCAUAAUCUUCGUCUACCUCUAUCAAGCACCGCAAGACCGCGCCGCUUCCGUAACGGCAGUAUGCAUCCUCACGACGAGUGCGCUGCUCGCGACGGUGCUGCUCAUGCCCGUCGAUGUCGCCCUCGUCUCCUCCACCUCGCUAUCCAGCCAAGGCCGCAAAAAGGACUGGGCGACGCCGGACAAGGUCGAUAGCAUCCUCUACACGCUCAAGAUUGUCUACUACACCCUGUACUCGCUCGACGCUGUGCUCUGCCUGCUAGUCGUGCCCUUUACCUACUUCUACUACGAGGAGUACGACGAGGACGCUGCCGAGCACGGAGAGCAGACCUUCGGGCAGAGGUUCUGGGGCGCCUUCAAGUACACCAUAGCCUUCAUCGUCUUCGUCGUCAUCAUCUUCCUCGUGGGCUUCUUCGUCCCAGCUGCCAAGUGGGCGAAGCAUGACGGCCGUCUGGACUUGGACUACUUCAAGCACCUGCUGCAGGAGAACCAUGGCGAGAGAGCCUUGACCUUCGCCCUCGGCCUGCUUAUGCUCAUUGGAACCGUCAUCUACGCUCUCUAUACCGGCGCCGGAAUGGCUCUCCUUCCCGUCGCUAUGGUCAAGUCGGCUCCCUCGAUUUCCGCCCCUACCCUAGCUGAGGACACCGCGGCGCAGCUCGAAGCGAAUCGUGAGCGCCAGAGGCAGCUCGAAGGCCGCAAUGAAGGCCGCGACGGCGGAUUGGACUCUCGAGACAGGCGAGAGCUUGAGUCCUUGGUUCGUGAGGAGAGGACUCUGAUUCGCCGGGAGCGCUUGGCCGCCGAAUCGCGAGGCCAAGACCGCCAUUGGAUCAUUAAGACCUGGAUCAAGAUCGAAGCAGUCUUCCGACCCCUCAAGCUGCUCGGCGGCUUCAUCCUUAUCAUCCUCGCGCUCCUCAUCUUCGUCAGUAUGCUCAUCACCGGCAUCGACAAGGCCAAGAAUUCCAUAUGCAAAGCCCACUGCGGAUACAUCCUGGGCCACAUCAACAUCUUUCAGCCUCUCAAUUGGAUCUUCGUCAAGUCCUCCAAGGUCUUCCCCAUUGACUACGUGCUCUUCCUCCUGCUCGUCCUAUUCUUCUUCUCCGCCUCGGUCGUUGGCAUUGCGUCAGUGGGCAUCCGCUUCCUCUGGCUCACCAUCUUCAAGAUCCGCAAGGGCCAUACUUCGCCUCAGGCACUCCUCAUGGCGACCGUCAUGCUCAACCUCAUCGUCCUCGCCAUCAACUAUUCCGUCGCCAUGGUAGUCGCGCCCCAAUACGCCACCUUCGGCCCCCAAACCUUCUGCGACAGAAAACCCAGACACGGCGGCGAGCAGCCCGACUGCACAAACCACAAGAGCGCCAUCAAGCCCUGCACCGAGACUACGGACAGCCCAUGGGCCAAGGACGUGUGCACGCCCAGCGUCCUCAGCACCUUCAUCAACCGCGUAACGAUCAACUUCCCCUUCUUCGGCGUUGUGUUGUUCUGGGCGCAGUUCGCUUUCUUGGGCGUGUACCUCAUUGUGUUCUUGACCACGUUGUUUAGGGUGCCGAAGCUCGAUCAGGAGCAGAUUGAUCGCGAUUUGGAGGAGGAAGAGGAGGAGGGCCUGCUGGCAAGUACGGGCAGGAGGUUCAAUGCUACCUGGCAGGAUAUCACGGGCAGAGGGAAGAAUUAUGGGACUACGGCGACGAAUGGAGAGAGGAGCUAG